CGCAGGACGCGGCGAGGCGCGCGCCGAGGCCCGGGAGCACCGCCCGGGAGCACCGCGGGGCGCGCGCGGGGGGCAGACGCCGGGCCGCACGACCAGGGCGGGGUCCCCGCGGGGGUCCCCGGCUUUGCGCAGAAACGAAACCGAAAGAGGGGCCCCGGGGAGGCGGAGCCGCGCCGGCGCCACCCAGCCCGAGCGGGCCCGGACCCAGGCGCGGCCAGGUGUGCCCCCGCCAGCACCAUGGCUCAGGACGGCGUGGAGUUGGAGAAGAGCGUCAGGCGCCUCCGGGAGAAGUUUCAUGGGAAAGUGUCCCCCAAGAAGGCAGGGGCUCUCAUGAGGAAGUUUGGCAGCGACCACACCGGAGUAGGGCGGUCUAUCGUGUAUGGUGUCAAGCAGAAAGACGGACAGGAACUGAGCAACGAUUUGGACGCUCAGGACCCCCCUGAGGACAUGAAGCAAGACCGAGACAUCCAGGCAGUGGCCACCUCUCUGUUGCCCCUGACGGAAGCCAAUCUUCGAAUGUUCCAAAGAGCCCAAGACGACCUCAUCCCUGCCGUGGACCGACAGUUUGCCUGCUCCUCCUGUGACCACGUGUGGUGGCGCCGUGUGCCCCAGAGGAAGGAGGUGUCACGGUGUCGAAAAUGUAGGAAGCGUUAUGAACCAGUGCCAAACGACAAGAUGUGGGGUCUGGCAGAGUUCCACUGCCCAAAGUGUCGCCACAACUUCCGGGGCUGGGCACAGAUGGGGUCCCCAUCACCCUGCUACGGGUGCGGCUUCCCUGUGUACCCCACUCGGAUCCUGCCCCCACGCUGGGACCGCGACCUGGAUCGGCGAAGCACACACACCCACUCCUGCUCAGCUGCAGAUUGCUACAAUCGGAGAGAGCCCCAUGUGCCUGGGACAUCCUGUGCCCACCCCAAGAGCCGUAAGCAGAACCACCUCCCCAAAGUGCUGCAUCCCAGCAACCCCCACAUUAGCAGCGGCUCCACGGUGGCCACGUGCCUCAGCCAGGGCGGCCUCCUGGAUGACCUGGACCAUCUCAUCCUGGAGGACCUGAAGGAGGAAGAGGAGGAAGAGGAGGAAGAGGAGGGGGAUGGUGGGCCCCGAGAGUGAUCCUGCCCGGGCGCGCACAGGGACGACAGACACUGUGUGUGGACGCCUCGUGUUGCUCUAAGAUACCAGCUCAAGGAGAUAGGAGCGCCCUCGGGGUGCUCACGGGACAGUCACAGCCGCACAAGCCGGGUCAUCAUCACAGCCUUCUUCAGAGAGUACGCCCCACCGCGGAACUCAGCCCAGUAGACCCCAUCCUGGUAGCGGCUCCGGUAAUGACCUCCAUGAUACCAUACACCAUUGAGGUUGGAGUGGGCACAGGCAUGGUACCACCAGCCCCCACGAUGGUACAGGGCGCAGUUACCUGAGGGGAGAGAAAGAAUUUGUGUUUGCACCAAAAUAAAAGUCUCUACCAGCACUUCUUUGUGCAAAGCUGUUGCAGGCAUCCCUCAACCUUCCCUGUCUCACUGACUAGAAGCCCUGAUCCUCCAUCUCGUCACCAAAAUAAAAGACUCUGGCUUCUCA